AUGUCUGACGCACAAGUGAAUCCAAUUGACAUAAAUUCAGCUGAGUUCGAUUGUGAAGCAUAUCUAAGUGAUUUACUAAAAAAGAAGAGCCUUGAUGAGUUGGUUGCUGUUGAAGAAACUAUGGUUCAUAAUGUUCGUCGCUUGGACUCGGAAAUGCAGCAACUUGUAUAUGAAAAUUAUAAUAAAUUCUUGACUGCAACAAGCACGGUGAGGAGGAUGCAAAAUGAUUUUUCGAAAAUGGAUAAGCGAAUGAAUCGAAUUUCUUUAUUAUCGAAAGAUUUGUGUGACGCGUUUGGGAAACAUCGUUCAAAUGUUUCACAGCUUGCUGAAGCAAAUAGAACUGUGAAAAAUUUGCAGUACAUUCUCAGUCUACCACAGAAGCUUCGAAUUUUCUACGAACAAAAAGAUUACAAUGAGGCAGUAAAGGCAUAUUUAGCCGCUGAACCUACGUUAAUCCGAUAUAAUAACGUACCUUCUAUUGCAAAUAUUCAUGAUGAAUGUUCUCAACUUAUGGGAAAUGUUAAAGAACGACUCAAAGUGGUCAUUAAAGAUAGCCUUUUUUCUUCUGAGGAACUUGUUGAAGCCAUUACAUUAUUGCUUAAACUCGAUUCAUCGUCUACUCCAGUUUAUUUUCUUUUUAUUGAGAAUUGCCGUCGAAAUUUAAAGGAGCAAGUCAUAAGCUUGCGAGAUCGAAAUAAACAUGCACUGGAAGAAGAUGUUCUGGAAUUUGUUGAUGAUGCAUGUAGCAGAUUUCUUGCUGACUUAUCACUGGUCAGCGCACUUAAUCAUCGUCUUUUUCCAGAUCAGUCACAUAAUAGUGAAAUGACUGAAAUGGUCGAUUCCCUUAUGCUGAAGUUUGAAGAAGCAGUCAGAUCACGAUUUUUUUAUGAAACAGAUGCACGUGAAUGCGCCAUCGUAGUACGUGCUCUUGAUCGCUUUUAUCGACGCGUUUCUUCUUGUAAUCAAAUCAUAGGCGUUGAUUAUUCUUCUAUAAGUGUUUGUAUGCUGAAUACUAUCGCUCGACAUGAAAUAACUUUGGCUCGUUCUCGUGUUGUCGAGCAAGUUGAAAAGACUGUGUUGGAGAUACGUAAGGAAUUGUCGUCGUCGACUUACUUUUCUCAUUCGUCUGGUUCUCACUUGAGUGAACUUGUUAUAAAAUUGGAACAAACCCUACUUGUUCAAUUGAAGACUGCUCUUGCCUCGUUAUUGUUAUUCACUGCUUCAGAUAUGACGUUCUCUUCACUUGAUCCUGCGCUAUUUUUACUUGGAUUCGGUAUCGAUGUUCAUGAACAUCUUGUAAUUGGUGCAUUAGAAGAUAUUGACGCAUUAGGAAAACGUUUCUACGAGCAUGAGUCGAACAAGGCUAAUGUCGUUCCAACAGUUAUUAUUAUUCUUGCUCAAUUCUUCAUGAAUAUUGGAAAUCAUUCAGUGCGUUACAUAUUGGAUUUAUGCAGAGAGCAGUUUAGAUUAGUUUCUGAACGGGAAAAAAAUAACUCGAAAUUAACACCAUUUGAAAAGAUUCACUUAGCUGUAAAAACAACUGCACAUGGAUUACUUAAAUAUUAUGUUUAUUUUCAAGGUGUGAGUAUGUCACAGCUGCUGGUGAGAAGUGUUGAUUCUCGUGAUUGGUUAAAAUGUGUUGAGCCAACUACUGUACGAUCAGCUAUAAAACAUUUUAUAGAUAACUUAACUUCACUCAGUUCACUUAUCAAGCCAUUUAUGGAUGAAGGCACCCGUAAAGAACGCUCUAUGGAAGUUGCUAGAUCUCAUGUAAGGCGAAACCUAAAUUAUGACUCUUGCUCAAUUAGUUCAACGUUAGAUAAACUCUGGGCUGAUCGCGUUGAUUUUUCUGCUAAUAUAGAGUUUAACCGGACUUCUGUUUUAACAGCUUUAGCGAACGUUGUAUUAAAAUCAUUUCUUGAAGUUAUUCGGUUACAAACCUUCUCAAAAUAUGGCUUGCAGCAAAUACAGGUCGAUUGUUAUUAUCUACAACAAAAUUUGUGGCAAUUUAUAUCUGAUGAACAUACAACAGUGUCUCUUCUCGACGAAAUCCUUUCAUCUGCUAUGCAUCGAUCUGUUGAUUCAUUACUUAUGGAUUUAUCGCUAGUUAAAGCAGUAUGCAGUGUUUAA